UAGUUAGUGUUAAAAUAGCGUGUCUGCUCAGAACAAGACAAAAAAAGGACAAGCAAGCACAUGAUGGCUUUGAUAAACUUUUAUUAAGCAAAUCCCAUUUCUAUUAGAUUCACGCAUUUUUUUAAGGGACUCCAAACAGUGCCAAACAGAGAGCUAUCACUUCAUUUGAAGGAAGAGAUCUGUGUUAGAGACAGAGAUAGAAAGACAGAGAAAAGAAAUCUGUAAGCUAGUGUUUGGUGUUUGGCAUUUACUCCUAAAACACGCGAUUCCUUUCAUAGAUUACUAUCACAAGACUUUCUUCUUUUUUAUAUGACUUUAUUUUCUCUCUCCGUGUUCAUAAAAUACGGAAGUGUUUGUAUUCAACAGGGCUCUCCUUUGGAUCUCUGUGGGGCAUUUGUGCUAUCUAGUUGAAAAUACGGGCUGUUUGUUUGUGUUCUAUCUCUGCAAAUGCUUGUUUAAGGUGAUUAGUGGGUGUUUUAGUGCUCGAUUUGGGCAAUUAUGAUGGAAGAAUUUGAAGAACCCUAUAGCAUUAGCUUUCAGACAGAUUCCUUGCACUCUGGCUCCAUAUCAUUUGGAAGAUUUGAAAGAGAAGACUUAUCUUGGGAAAGGAGGUCAUCUUUCUCUCACAAUAGAUAUCUUGAAGAGGUUGAGAAAUGCUCAAAACCGGGUUCAGUUAUCGAGAAGAAAGCUUAUUUUGAAGCCCAUUUCAAGCAAAAGGGUAUGCAACUACCAGCUUCUUUUGGGGGGCAAAAUGGGAUAGAAUACCAUGGUGAAAAUGCUGUUUUUGAAAAUGUGGGCCACAAAGAAGAAGAUGAUAAUGCAAAUGGAAGUAGCAAUUAUACUCAGUUUGAGGAGGGUGCACUUGAGAAUGUGGAAUAUGCAGAAUUUUACGAUGGAUAUGCAAGAGGUGAAUUUGAUCAUGCAAAUGAUAGCGGCCAAUAUGCUCACUUUGAUGACAGCCCUGAAGGGUCAGAGUAUUGUGGAGAAUGCCAGGUGAUGGAAUGUGAAAGAGAAGAUCCUGAAUCUCAGAUUGAAGCUUCUUCAGUCAAUGCUAAUGUUUUUGUAGAAGGUGUCUUUGAAGACAUUAAACCUCAAGAAGCACAUCAAACUGUAACUGGACCUGACGAUAAUGAAAGGCAAGAAAUAGGAAUAAAGGAGAACCUUAAUGACAAUGCUGCUAAUGUGGACACGUCAUCUAGGCCUUUUGACCCAUCCCCAAAAAGUGGAACACUUGGGAGUGAUAAAACUACUGCAGUACAUCAGCAAAAUCUUUCUCCAAAGUUGCGAGUUCCAAUGGAAAGUAAACAUAGCGAGCCCAGAUUGAAGUCCCAGGCUAAUGCCAAUCAAGUCCAGAAAGCCAAUCAAAAUGAUGCAUUAAAAACAACUGUGAAGAAGCUAAAUUGGAGGGAAAGAGAGAGUCCACAAAGAAUGAAAUCAGAAAAGCAUUCACCACAAGCUGCCAUUCCAACCAGACGUUCGGUGCUCAGGACUCCGAAAGGAGAGGAUUUUGAAGUUUGUAAUUCAAGAUCAAACCUUGCAAAUAAAAGUGAAAAAGAUCCAAAGAUAAAGAAAGUAGUUGAAGCUGAGACUUCUGGAUCAAAGAAAGUUGAACCUAGAGCACGUCAGAGCCUUAAAAGAUCCAAGCAGACUGUUAGCUCAGCUAAGCCAGACACAAGGACAAGUACUGUAGCUUUCAAUUUUAGAAGUGAUGAACGAGCAGAAAGGAGGAAAGAGUUCUACAUGAAGUUGGAAGAAAAAAUGCACGCAAAGGAAACUGAGAUGAAUCAGAUUCAAGCAAAAACACAAGAAAAGACUGAGGCUGAGAUUAAACAAUUCCGGAAAAGCCUUAAUUUCAAAGCAAUACCUAUGCCUUCUUUCUAUCAUGCUGCUGCAUCACCAGGUUCCAAUGGAAACAAGGCCACAUCAUCUAAAACCAAACCAGCUAAAAUACAACAGAAGCCAGUAAGUCCAGGAAGUGGAGCCGCUUCAAGAUCACAAUUGUUUUCCAAGUCAGGAAAUAACCAUGCUGUCUCUGCUGUAGAACCUGUAAACACAAGCAAUCUGCCUGAGUCCUUAGGGCCAACUGAUUGCCAUGCAAUAGCACCUUCUGAAGCUGGUGAAAGGGAAACCCUAGCAAGAAACAACAGCAGCCACCCAGAAGCUGCACUGAAAAAUGGUUGCGCUGGCAAAGACUUGGAGAAAGUGAAGAAUACCAAUUUGCAAAGACAUAAAGUGUCAGAGAAUGGUAAAGUGUCAAAGGACCAGAGGGUUGAGGGCAGGCCAAAAAUGGGAAACCGAAGAAAUAGCAGUGAGAUGGUGAGGAAAAGUAUCAAGGGUGUUGGAAUUGGCAGCAAUUCCGGAGUGGGUCGUGUAGCUGUUGGUGUAGCCUCCUGAUCUGAGUUAUGUUCUCCACUGGCUGAAAGAUGCUAUCUUAGUUGCCUGUGAUGGUAUGUUUUGCAUGCUCCCUGCUGUAUUAAUAGAAGUGCAAAGGGAAUGGUGAUUGGAUCAGGCAAUGUCCCACGUAAAUCUCAACACGUUACAAUGGGUUGUGUGGAGAUAGCAUUUUUCCUUGUGUCAUUGCUUAACAUAUGUGUUGCAGGUAUUGUACCAUGGGGAUGGAAUAGGUAAUAAUAAUGGUGGCUUGAUCACGGGAAUUGUUGAAAUUGAAGGUUCUCUUGCCGGAGUCAUAUAUGAAAACAGCAACGGGAGUUUCAAGUCUUGUGAAGUAUUUAUUAUCUAAUAAUAAAAGUAUCUUGCGUCUGGUAGUAUGUAUGAUACUUGUCAAGCAUAUGAAUGUAGACAAAGACUGCAAAAAUUUUAAUGUAAAAAAUUAUGCAAUUAAUUUCAUAAACAAGACUUAGAUAUAUGUUAUUUGA